AUGGCUGCAGUUGGUUUCGAUAUGCGCUUCCAUUAUGUACUUGCAGGUUGGGAAGGAUGCGCAUCAGAUUCUAAAAUCCUAUAUGACGCAAUUAGUAAUGAAGGUAAUAGACUUGCAGUGCCUGAUGGUGGUGGGUAUCCUACUAUUUGUGGUUUUAUAGGACCAUAUCGAAGAGGCCGUUACUAUCUAAACGAAUUUACUUUAGGCCCACGAGCUCCCCAGAAUCACAAGGAGUUAUUCAACAAGCGGCAUUCCACGCUUAGAAAUGUGGUGGAGAGGACAGUUGGACUUUCGAAAGUUGAUGUAGUUAUUGCAUAUGCAAUAUUGCACAACUACAUCAUGAUGACUCGAGGAGCCGAUAGCAGAAGGGAGCUGUGUUUUCGAAGGAGGGUUGAGAGUCAACUCUUAAUUGAUGGAGAUGACGGUUUUUCGCAAUUGACUCAAGGGCAUGUUGAUCAUGAUGUGGACGUCAAUCUGCGAGAUGCCAUAGCGACGCAGUUGUGGGAGGCUUACCUAAGUCGCUAG